GGUUUUUUUUUUCUGCAUACAGUGACUGCAGUAAAAUGCUACAUAGUCUUACAAAUACAGCAUUGGUGUUGGAUCAGAAGGAUUACAGAGAUAAACCCUGGGUUUAAACCACAGAAUGUCUGAUUUGGACUCAGUUCUGCAAUGAUUUACUAUGUGGAGAAUUUUGAUGGGACCAACUUCUGUUUUAUUUCCACAUUCCCAAUAGCCAAACAGUUUCUAACAAUCCGUCAUUGCAGAUACAUUAAAGGAGUUCCAUAAAACACAUCACUUCUUGCAGAAGAAACUGUCAACACUGAACUCUUUCCACAAUGUGGCCUAUUUUAACGCACCUCGUAAUUUAUAUAUUCUUCUGCUGGGCAGAGGAAGGAAAAAGAUAUGGGCCUGUUUUUGAAGAACAACCAACCGACACAAUUUAUCCAGAAGAGUCACAAGAGGGAAAAAUUUCCAUGAAUUGCAGAGCCAGAGCAAACCCUCCUCCAGAAUACAGGUGGAGACUAAAUAACUGGGAUAUUAAUCUUGGAGAUGAGCAUUAUAGUAUGGUGGGAGGUAAUCUCAUUAUCAACAAUCCAGAAAAAUCAAGGGAUCAGGGCAAAUACGUCUGCAUUGUCUCAAACAUCUAUGGGAGAAUUAUGAGUUUGGAAGCCUUUCUAAGCUUUGGAUAUCUGGACACCUUCUCUUCAGAUGAACGUUAUGAGGUGAGAGUAAAGGAAGGAAUUGGAGCAAUGCUGAUAUGUGCACCUCCUCCACACUUUCCAGAUGACCUAAAUUAUCGAUGGCUUUUAAAUGAGUUUCCAGUCUUCAUUACAAUGGAUGAGCGACGAUUUGUUUCACAGACAGACGGGAACUUGUAUAUUGCCAAAGUUGAACAAUCCGACAAAGGAAAUUACUCCUGUUUUGCUUCCAGUCCAUCAAUUACAAAAAGUGUAUUCAGUAAAUUUAUUCCACUUGUCCCACUGCCAGAGAAGACUACAAAGAAAUAUCCAGCUGAUAUAAGAGUUGGAUUUAGAGACACAUAUGCACUAAAAGACGAAAAUGUAACAUUGGAAUGUUUUGCUUUGGGAAACCCAGUUCCUGUAAUACGGUGGGCAAAGGUUGGAGAGUCACUUCCACCCUCGGCUGAAAUUAGCAUGUCUGGAGCUGUCCUGAAAAUUUUCAAUAUUCAACCUGAAGAUGAAGGAACAUAUGAAUGCUCCGCACAAAAUGAGAAGGGAACAGAUAAACAUCAAGCACGAGUAUAUGUACAAGCAAAACCUGAGUGGGUUGAAUAUAUAAAUGAUACGGAACGAGACAUCGGCAGCACCUUGCAUUGGGCCUGUUUAGCAAAAGGCAAGCCUAUUCCAACCAUUAGAUGGUUAAAAAAUGGAACAUCGUAUGGCAAGGGUGAAUUAAAAAUACACAGCUUAACAUUAAAAGAUGCUGGCAUGUACCAAUGCAUAGCAGAAAACCACUAUGGAAUUAUACAAGCUAAUGCGGAACUAAAAGUCAUCACAUUAGCACCUACCUUUGAAUUCACUCCAAUGAGAAAGAAGGCUUUAGCUGCCAAAGGAGGUCGUGCUAUCAUAGAAUGCAAACCAAAAGCGGCACCAAAACCAAAAUAUUCUUGGAGUAAGGGAACAGAACUGCUUGUAAAUAACACCAGGGUUUCCAUUUGGGAAGACGGCAGCCUCGAAAUCAUUAAUAUAACCAAGCUCGAUGAAGGCAGCUACACGUGUUUUGCAGAAAAUGACAAAGGGAAAGCAAAUAGUACUGCAAUUAUUUCGGUGACAGCGGCCACCAAGAUAACCUUGGCACCUAAUAAUGCCGAUGUGACUGUUGGAGAAAAUGCCACCAUGCAGUGCCAUGCGUCCCAUGAUCCUACCCUUGACCUCACAUUUAUCUGGUCUUUGAAUGGCUUUGUCAUUGACUUUGAUAAAAAGGAUGGACAUUAUGAAAAGAAUGUAAGGAUUGAAGGUGGUAGUGAACUUGCUAUAAAGAAUACCCAGUUAAAGCACGCAGGACGAUAUCUGUGCACUGCUCAAACAAUUGUGGACAACUCCUCCGCAGCAGCUGAUCUUGUAGUCCGAGGGCCACCUGGUCCUCCAGGAGGUAUAAUAGUACAGGAGAUCCGAGAUACGUAUGUAAAACUUGCAUGGAGUAGUGGAACAGACAAUCACCAACCAAUUUCCAAAUACACUAUUCAGUCAAAGAGCAGCCUGUAUGAUGAGUGGAAGGACGCCAAGACAGAAAUCCCAACCAUUGAAGGAAAUAUGGAGUCGGCAAAAGUAAUAGACUUGAUUCCCUGGAUGGAGUAUGAAUUCCGAGUAAUCGCAUCAAAUACAUUAGGAGUAGGAGAACCAAGCUUACCAUCACCAAAAAUUAGGACUCAGGGAGCAGUUCCUGUAGUUGCCCCGUCUGAUGUUGGAGGAGGUGGUAGAAGCAAUCGGGAGUUAACAGUAACAUGGGUGCCUCUGCCACGGGAAUAUCAUUAUGGUGAAAACUUUGCCUACAUUCUUGCUUUUAAGCCUUUCAAUGAUCAACGAUGGAGAAAGGUUUAUGUUGAAAACAAUGAAAUUGGUCGUUAUGUGCUUAAGGACGAUGCAAUUACUCCUGCAACAGAGUUUCAAGUAAAGAUGAAAGCGGUCAAUAGCAAAGGAGAAGGACCUUUUAGCAGCCCAGCCAUUAUAGUUUCAGCAGACGAUGAGCCAAGAGAAGCCCCCACUGCUGUCUCAGUCGCUAUGCUAUCAGCUACCGAAAUCUCUGUUACUUGGCAGCCGGUCUACGUUCAGUCUAUAGAGGGUUACCGAAUUCGCUAUUGGCGAAACCAGGAUAAUGAAGUAGCAGCACAUGAAUUACAAGUGAAGGCUGCAGACAAUACAGCGCGGCUGGAAGGCCUAAUGCCAAACACUGAAUACAACUUAAAAGUGCACGCGUACAAUAGUGCCGGAGAUGGCCCUGCAAGUCAAAUAAAUAGGUUUAUAACAAGAAAAGCACCUCCAAGUCAGGUUCCAACCAUAAAAAGUGUAGUUAGAUCCGGCUCUCAGUACAUUAUUUCCUGGGGUCAUGUGAGUGCGUUACACAACGAAUCAGAUGUGACGGGCUACAAAAUCCUUUACAGGCCAGACGGACAGAAAGAAGGCAAGUUAUAUUCAACCGGAAAACAUUAUUUUGAAGUGCCUGCCCCAAAGGAGGGAGAAUAUAUUUUUGAGGUUCGAGCAAGCAGUGAUGGAGGAGAUGGUGCAGUUGCUUUAAUUAAAAUCUCUAGUGGUGCAUCAAGAAUGUUCCCUAUCAGCAUUCUCGGGAUACUCCUGCCAAGCCUAAGCCUUCUGUGGUACUUGGAAUUCUGAAUGUAACAAUAUUUCUAAUAUCCUGGAUGCAGCGUACGACUUUACCUGCUGCAAAGGCGAUGAUCGGUUUCUGACUACUGCGACACCAUCAAAUGCCAAAAAAGAAAAAAAAAUCAAAAAAAAAAGAAAAAAAAAAAGAAACAUCUAUAUAUAUAUAUUACCCUAAUGAUUUAUUAUGAACUUCAAAGAGGACAAAGGCAUUGGGAAAUUCCUCUGAUGAGCAAAUCAUUUUCAAGGAUAAUAAAUAGUUUUUAACUCGUUCCAAUAUGCCUUAUAAAAACACUUACGCCAAUGUGUGACAGUUGCAUGAUGAAACAGGGCAAGUUGCAGUGUUAAAAUUCCAAUAACUUAGACUGUACAGUGAAAGUAAAAUCACCAUCCAUAGGUGAUUCAUCUUUAAUAACACAUUGUGAAAUAUAUUAGAGAUACAAAUGUUGUAUAGAGAAUGUGUAAGAGUAACUACAUCUGUCUGUUCUAUGUUUCGUGUGCUGCAUAUUUUCAGUGACCCCCGUCAUUUGCAAGGCUUUGGCCUCUAGACAUACAGUCAGAUCAAAAACAGUCAUUGCACUCUACACAUUGAUUUAUUCACUAAAAUGUGAAUUGCAUGGAAUUCAUAGUGAAUUCAAAGAGAAUUUCAAAUUUUAGAUCAAAAUAACAAAUUUGGGAGCAUUCUCCGAGCCGUUUUUUUUCUUUUAGCUCAGCUAUUUUGGAAAAAAACAAAUAAAUAAAAAUAAACUAAAUUCUCUUCAAAUUCACUUUGCACGUCUGACAAUUUACACUUCAGUCAAUCACAUGAAAUGAAUCUCAUCUCUACAGUAAGUGAAUGUAAAACGGCAUAAAAUGAUCUGUGACCGAAGGUUCUUACAAUUUUCAUUAUAAAAUGCAGGAAGAGGCUAAUGCUCGUUAGAAUCAAUAAUUCCUUAUUUUAAGGACUUUCACAGUAGGCAAUACUAUCACAAUGUUAAAAGUGCAAUAGAAGCCCAAAAAAUGAAUGUAAAUUAAAACUGAACAAAUCACUUUUGAAAAUAAUAUAAAACAUCAAAACCAGUUAACAAUGUAAAACACUUACUCUCGUUUAAAGUGUUUAGUAACCCAUAUAAUGGUUGCCAUCGUAGCCGCAAAAGGCUAUACUGAUGUUUUUAAUUUGGUAAUAUUCUUGAAUUUAGAUGUUUGUUAUAUCUCCGACCUGGUCAAAAAAGAAGAUUCAGGGUUAUAAACUUUCUAGGGUUGAAGCCAUCAAGCCCAUUUAAAUAAAUAUAGCCAAACAAUAUAUUUCUUUCUUUAAAUAAGCUGCUAUAUUGUCUUCAAACCUUUAUAUGUUUCGAAUCUGCUAAGAGUUUGACUUACACGAUUGUUGUAGAUAACCGGUCAUUUGUUUAUACGAAUAUACGCUUAUACGCAAACUGGGUAUAUCUGAAACUUUAUAUCUCCCUCACUUCGAGUUUUCAUAUUUUAUUUUUUCUGCUAUUGUUUCACUGUAGACCAUGCAAUCACAAAUCUAAAAGCGUUUGAUGAUGUAUGGUGUGGUGUGAUAAUUGUUACUGUAAAAUUGUUCCAGAAUCGUUGUGUAUAAGGUGAUGUGGCGACAGUUGUCGACUUGUGGUUAAGUAACAGAAAUAUAAGUAAAACUAUGAAGAUGUGAUGGUCGUAGGAAGCAACAAAUUACAUUCUGAACUGCCGCAGUAUAAACACAUCCCAAUAUAAUGAAUGUGUUUGUUCUGACUCUGUCUAUACUUUUUUUCUGUAUGGUCAUGAUGAUUUUCAAGGUGUGCUAUAGUAUUUUAGUUCAUGUGUGAAUGAUAUAUCAUCACAGUGUUAUUAAGCUGGGUCAAGUGAUAGUGCAAUGUUUCUUUUUCAAUUAUUUUGUAUUACAGUAUAUUAUGAUUAUUAGCACAACCUUGUUAGCUGAUUGGGUAUAGAUCUUUUAUCUUUAUAGAUGCAAUACCAUAGAGGUCUUUAUUAAUAUAUUCCGAAAGAGAAAAAAAAAAAGUCUGAUUUUGCUGUUUAUUCCUGUCUUUUUUUCUUUUUUUCUUUUUUUUAAAUUCUUUUUUCUAUUUUUUUCAUAUUGUCUACGUAUAAUGAUCACAUUUAGGCUCUUCAUUAACAAAAAAUAAUAUCAGUAAUAUUUUAUUGAAGUAAAGGUUUAUGAAAAGGAUUAUUACAAAAUACAAAAAAGUUACAUCAUAUAAAUAAUAUUAUUCACUAUAUAUUAUUACACAUACACACUAUAUGCAUAUAUUAUAUAUUUUACAUAGUGCACAUACAGUAUAUACAUAUGCUGCAUGUGUGUGUUACACUUAUAUAUAAUAUAGAAUUUUGUGUAUGUGCAUACCUGCAGUGCAAGUUGAAUCAUCUGUUUAGUUUCCUGCACAUAAUUAAUAGUUGUGCAGUAUCUUGUUGAGAUGUAUAUGUUUUUUGCUUAAAUAGCACUAAAUAAAAAAGCACAUAUUUUCUGUGAAUUACCGUAAGUAGGUAGGGUAAACAUUUCUGAAAUCCCUUAACCGUACAAUAAAGAAAGGGACAGUGAGUUCUAAUUUGCUGUUAACACUAUGAAGAAAUAUAUCGUGUAAAAUGAGCGCCUUUAAUUGGGUACAUAGUGAGUACAUUUUGUUCCUUUCAAUUAAAGUUGCAGUAAGUUGAAUUUUAGUUGCAUUUUUUUGCAUUUUUUUUUUUACUUUGUAUAUUUUUUUAUAUGUUGUUUUUACUUAAGUGAACUAGGCAGGGAUCACGUGUUAUCAUUUUUAUGAGUGAAUGUCAAUUAAAGUUAAAUAAUUAUCAGUAUUACUCACAAUGUAACUGCUGGCCUUUACAUUUACCAAAAUGUUAUGUUUUGUUUUAAAAAAAGAGAAAUCACCAAAAUAAAAGGCAUUUGACAAACUA